CCUCCUCAGAAAGGAAGAUCAAGAAGGCAACUGUGAGAAUCACACAGAGGAAAUGGGAACGAAGAGUCGCGGCCCUAAUUGAGCCAUUUUAAAACAUAAAUAUUUCUGGUAUUUACGUAACUCGGGUGAAUGCUGUUGUUGUUUACAUUUAUUGACAGUGAUAACGUAGGUUAUUGAAAGAUCCAGGCCCGGGCUUCAGUCCGCGGUCUUGAGUUGAACAGCCAUCCGACAUCAGAGCGAUUGAGCCGGUGUGAUCAGCAGAGCUCGGCUGCACAUCAUGGGUGACAGCAGAGAUUCUCGUAGUCCAGACAGCUCAUCCGUUUCCUCACCACCAUCAGGUCAGCGUUCGCCCCCGUUGGCCCCUUCAGCUGCCGCCAUGACUUCCCUGCCACCCAUGACUUCAGCCGUGAACAGUCCCAUCAGCAGCAUGGGCUCACCCUUCUCCGUCAUCAGUUCUUCUCUGGGUUCUCCUUGCCUUCCAGGAACACCCUCUGUAGGCUACGGCCCCAUCAGCAGCCCACAGAUGAACAUGUUUGCCAGAAACACAGAGAUCAACUCCACCGUGUCCAUGUCAGGACUGCACGCCGUCAGCAGCUCUGAUGAUGUCAAACCGCCCUUCGGAUUGAAGCCGAUGUCCGCCCACAGCCCAGGGCCCAUGGUCUCUCAGAAACGCUUGUGUGCAAUCUGUGGAGAUCGCUCCUCUGGAAAGCACUACGGCGUGUACAGCUGCGAGGGCUGCAAGGGCUUUUUCAAGCGCACUGUGAGGAAGGACUUGAGCUACACAUGCAGAGACAAUAAGGACUGUCUGGUGGACAAACGCCAGAGGAACCGCUGCCAGUACUGCCGCUACCAGAAGUGCCUGGCCAUGGGGAUGAAGAGAGAGGUGGUCCAAGAUGAACGACAACGAUCCGUUCAAGAGGAGCGUCAGAGGAACAAGGAGCGAGAGGGAGAGGUGGAGUCCACCAGCGCAGCGAAUGAAGAGAUGCCCGUGGAGAAGAUUCUGGAAGCAGAGAUGGCCGUGGAGCAGAAGACUGAGCUGCAUGCGGAUGGCAGCUCAGGGGGAAGCUCUCCGAACGACCCAGUCACAAAUAUCUGCCAGGCGGCUGAUAAGCAGCUGUUCACUUUGGUGGAGUGGGCAAAACGGAUCCCUCACUUCAGUGAGCUGUCUCUGGAUGACCAGGUCAUCCUGCUGCGAGCUGGCUGGAAUGAGCUACUGAUCGCGUCAUUCUCCCAUCGCUCCAUCACGGUGAAGGAUGGCAUUCUGCUGGCCACCGGCCUCCACGUGCACAGGAACAGUGCUCACAGCGCAGGGGUGGGAGCCAUCUUUGACAGGGAGAGUGCGCACAAUGCAGAGGUUGGGGCCAUAUUCGACAGGGUUCUGACGGAGCUGGUGAGCAAGAUGAGGGACAUGCAGAUGGAUAAAACAGAGUUGGGCUGCCUGAGAGCCAUCAUCCUCUUCAACCCAGAUGCAAAGGGAUUGUCAAGCCCGAGUGAAGUGGAGUUACUGAGAGAGAAGGUCUAUGCAUCGCUGGAGGCUUAUUGUAAACAGAGAUAUCCUGACCAGCAGGGCAGGUUUGCCAAACUGCUCCUCCGACUGCCAGCGCUGCGCUCUAUUGGCCUAAAGUGCCUGGAGCACCUGUUCUUCUUCAAGCUGAUUGGAGACACCCCUAUCGACACCUUCUUAAUGGAAAUGCUUGAAGCUCCACAUCAGCUGACCUAACCUGGACCAGUCUCCGAUCCAGUUCAGUCCGGUUUGCACCAGGGUAUCGCACCCACCCUGGACUCUGGGUCUUUGCGGUCUCACUUCACAUUAAUACCUUCCCCCAACAAUUCUCUCCUAAAUAUUCUUCAUGCCGCACCUUCAAACCAGUACAGCCCAGAGAAAAAGACUCUAAGCUGUCUGAAAAAAAAAAAAAGUACACUUGUUUUCCAUGUAAUGUUUUACACAGUCUGAGCUGUCCAGAGAGAUUCCCUGGGUGUUCUAAAUCAAGAGCAUUGGUUUAAAGACUUUGGCUUCCAGUUUUAGAACUCUCAUAUUGAUUCUAGAGAUCUGUGUAUCGUUUUGGUUUGUAUGUUACUCUGAAUGCACGAACUGUACUUUUUUCUCAUUUGUCACUGCAGUUAGACAGCCCGUCGGCUGAAUUUACAGUGCAUGUGUGACCGGGGUGAGAAUCUGCCGAGCCCUUUGGCUGGUACGAAUCAAGUGACGGCAGACCAGCCGGUUCGUUUCUGACUGUGGAAUACUGCUAACGUGCUAUCUUUGGGAUUUUUACCUUGAAAUCCUACUUUGUACUGUACCCAUGAAAUGAGUCUGACUUAUAAACGGCAUUGGAAAUUCUCUGCCUGCUGCAUCUGGCCCUAUUAAAAAUGCAGGCUAGAGUUUAACGUUUGUGAAUAAAUGUAUGCAUGGACAUGAGUUUUUUGAUCAUGUUCCAAGGAGAGCCUAAAGGCACAGAUUAAAUCUCGCAGGAGAAUCCUGCUUUUUUUGGUGGCAAUAGGAUGGUCGACCUUGUUUUUCUUGAUUUGUGUUGUUUUUAAAUGAACAAAUAGAUUGGUUUUGGUACCUUCUAGAGGACCUUGUACCUUUACCAUUUCAUAAUUCCCCCAAGUUUUGAUUUAUUUCGUCACCAAUUCCAUAAAUGGGAACCAAAUCCACACCAUGCCCCCCAAAAGACAAAUAUUUAUAAAGUGUGUAUGUGUGCUGUGAAGUAUGUUCAACCACUCUUGUCCUUUCCACACGAUCAGUGUAGCAGGCCUUUUUCUUUUGUGUUGAUGAAAUCAGCUUGUCAUUAGGCUUGUUUGGAUUUAACUGGUACUAACUUUGGCGUAGUGAAAAACAAAGGUGGUUCUGGUCUGUGUAAAGGCUGGAAUACACUACACAAUUUAUAUACCAGUCUUGUUCCCAAAAGUUGGCGCCAAUCAGCAGUUUUUGGACACUUAGGCACGACUGAUAUCAUAGUGUUUGAAGGUCCCGGACUCGAGUUGUUUUGAGCUCCAGACUAUGAUUCCAUCCAGUCAAAGAAUAUCAAAUGUUUGAUAUUUUAAGCCGAUUUUUAGAACACAUUUUGCCACAGUAGAAUCCUCUUCUACAUUCCAUCUGCACAGGUUGCUUUCCUUCAUAGUGACUCACUAAAUCUGGCAAGAAUGUAUUCUGGAACACAUCCGUCUUAUUCAACAGAGACUAGGGUCAUGUAAGAAUUGUGCGUUCAAUCUGAAAGGUCGACGUGUCAAAACCAGCAUCCAUCACAAUCUCUAUGCAUUUAUGUGAGAGUGGUAUAGUAUAGUCUUUGAGAAAGACUGAAUAUGCCAUCAGGGAAGAAUUCAGGCUAUUAAACAGUCCAGCAAAUGCACCAGUAUUAAUGGUGGGUACCAUUUUCUGUACUUUUGUUGCUCCAACCAAGGAAUUUUAGGCAGGGACUUGAGAUCAAAUACUGAAAGUAUUUGAUGUUUUUAUAAAGAAGUAUAGCUAGAGAUCGCAAGAGGUCCCACCUGUUUUGGUGCUAACGGUUAGACAUAAAUGUUGAUACCAAAACAGAGAGAACAGAUGCACAGCAGUGGUCAAAAUAUGCAAUUUCUCCAAUAAGCUUGAAUUUGAUAUGCCAACUUCUGCAUAGCAGUUUCAAUUAUAGUAUCAAACUUAAUGCAGAUUAUUAGUAUCUGAACUGUAUCUGUACAAGUGUUUUACACAUUCACGAGGUGCUUAAUCAGAGUAUAAUCAUGUCAGAAAGACAGAUUGAGCAUCAGAUGAGAUGGUUCUCUAGGAUUGAUGGAUUUACUGUAAUGCAGAAUACAUUAGCCAUUGACAUGUGACUGAAUCCAGAGCUCUGGUUGUCCUAGCUUAACUUCCCCGUGUGUUUUUGUUAAGGCUAGUGGUUGGAAGAAUCCUGUUUUUAAGUCUUUUUAAUGUGAUCAACAUCUGACCUCUGGUCCUUAAAUUUGGCUUCCAAGCAGUUUCGAGUUUUCUGUAUUUUCUUGCAUGUUUUGUCUACCAGUUUCCAUUUAUCCAGGUAUCGAAGCUAAUGGGGUUGGUGUUGAUGGUCUGCUCUAUAUCUGAACGGUGGGUGGGAAGGCUUAUUUGAUGGUGUACUGUAAGUUUGUGUUUCCCGUGGGCGACUCGAGUCUUGUCAGAGUUGUCAUUCAGCCUAUGGGUGUGUGUGUGUGUGUGUGUGUGUGCGUGCAGCAAUACAUAGGAAGUCCUGUGUGAAAGAUACAUACAAGAGUGCAAUGGCCCCGUCUCCUUUUACUUGAUUGCAGUUUGCCAUAAUUGCUUGAAUGCAUGUUAAUCCAGACAUACGCUGUGAGCUUGUGUUCGUGUGGCCGACCCUCCUUGUCUUUUGGGGUCCACUUUUCUUUUCUUUUUUUCUCUUUCUCUCUUCCCCAUAAUUGUUACUUUUUCAUAAGCUCUCUAAGGUUGCAAAGCGUUCAUAAAAACGAAUAAUAUAAGGCUUGCACAGGUUUUGUACCAUUUUCAGUCUCAUAACAAUGAACUGUAACCUCUGAAUUACCCAUGAUGCACCUGAACUGAUUCAGCACUGCCAAACAGGUGUGAGGGGAGUGUGUUCCUGACUAACCAGUAGUGGUGGACUGUGUACUGUGAUGUUCACUAAAGAGAGCCCUUAUUGCAACUGUUAAUGGAGAAUGGAGUCGGGGAUCCGGAGGGUUCUGUUAGUGCUUUUUUCUAAGGCCUUGUUGCUGCAAUUUUGGUCACGCGUGGGAAAGCCCUCCUGUAUGUGUAUCUGAAGCCGAGCGGCGCUCUGAAAUAUGCACAGUGCAAACUUGAACUAAUCUCUGCCUGAGAACGAAGUGGUUAUGCACGCUACAGUCUGAGAGCGGAUUCACUUUUAUCUGCGUUUGUGCUUUAUUGUUGAAUGUUUGCUUCUGUAAAGAGAGAAAUAUGCAUAAGAUACGAGUGAAGUCAUUUGAGAAGGUGAAGUGGGUUCAUACCUGUGAAUCACAAAAAAAACUGUGUUUGCGUCAUACAUCACCACAAAAUCGAAAGAAGGAAAUUUAUAAUUAAAUCAAUUUUUAGGACCUUUUUAAUGCACAUUUUCAUUUUUCAUCAGUGUAUCACAAGCAAGCGAUGUGUCAUUUAAAUUGUACACUUUUUCUGCUUUUUUAAAUCCAAAUCACUGAACUGCAGUAAUAAAAAUCAUUAUUUAGAAUAAUUGGAAUUUUUGCAUGGAAUUGCAUUUUUAAUAGAAUUUAUUUUCUUUUUCCAUAAUGAUUUUGAGGUGUAAUGUUUUUUGUGCGAUUCACUUCAUUCAGGAUCCUGUUGGA